AUGAGCUCACGCGAAAUUGAAGCCGGAGAAUCUCGAAAUUUAAACCAUAACUUUUCCUUAUGGCACAAUCCACUACUUUAUGUUCGCUCAUCCAUCAAAGAGAGAACAUUACAUAUAAAAGAGAAUACAACAUUAUCAGAAUUAAGUGGAAGUCUUGGAGAUCUGGGCACCUUGCUUCCAAUAUUGGUAACUCUUUCAAUCGCCGGACAAAUUUCUUUGACUUCAUCGCUUAUAUUUGGAGGCCUAUGGAAUAUCAUUAGUGGCUUGAUUUUUCGAAUUCCCAUGUGUGUUCAACCUAUGAAAGCCAUCGCAGCGGUAGCAGUCUCGGCACAUUUAACGAAAGGUGAAGUAAUGUCGGCAGGUAUUGGUGUUGGUGCUAUGAUAUUUCUUCUUGGAAUCACAAGAACCAUUAAGCUUGUCGAAAGGUGGACACCCAUUCCAGUAAUCAGAGGUAUUCAAUUGGGAGCUGGAAUUACGUUAAUUAUAAAAGCUGUAGAUCUAGUUCAAAAAAAUGGUAGUUGGGGUGGUAGUUCUUGGAAAUGGAAUGACAAUUAUGAAUGGUCUAUUGUAUCGUUCAUAUUCGUAUUUACAUUUUAUUCAUCUAAAAGAAUGCCGACGGCAUUAAUUCUAUUCGUUAUUGGUUUAAUAAUUGCUCUUGUAAAGAUCUUUAAAUCUAAUAGUGCAUUGCCAUCGAUCUUAUUUAAUUAUCCUGAAAUUGUUGUCCCGACCCCCGGAGAAUUUAAGACCGGAUUUCUUAGUGCAUCUCUUGGCCAACUUCCACUGACAGCCCUCAAUUCCGUUAUUGCAUUAGCAGCAUUGGCUAAUGAUUUAUUCCCGGAACGUUCAUCAUUGAAUACCGUUGGAAAAAUUUCAAUUUCUGUCGGACUCAUGAAUAUUAUUGGAUGUUUUUUCGGUUCUAUUCCAUAUUGUCAUGGGUCAGGUGGACUGGCUGGACAAUACCGUUUUGGUGCAAGAUCCGAAGUCAGUAUUUUGGUUCUCGGAUUUUUUAAGCUGAUCGUGGGGAUAUUAUUCGGAAAAACUUUAACCAAUCUUCUAAAUUACUUUCCUAAUUCAAUUCUUGGCGUAAUGCUCUUUGUUUCUGGAGCGGAAUUAGCAUCCGCAGCGCGAAAUUUCAUGAACGCUUGUGAUAAUAGUGACGAUGUUGAGAAAAAGAAGAUUAAUUUUACUCUAGUGAUCGUAACAGCAGGGUUAUUGGUCGGUUUUCAAAAUGAUGGGAUUGGAUAUGUUGGUGGUAUGCUGGUUAGCCUGUUGUUUUUUAUAAUUCGCCAUUUUGAUCUUAAAUCUAGCGAUAGUGUAUAA